AUGAAACAAUUCGGACUAGCAGCUUUUGAUGACUUAAAGGAUGGAAAGUAUACCGAUGUAAACAAAACUAUACUUGAAAAGCAAUCUAUCGAAUUAAGGGAUCAGUUAAACGUAUUUCAAGAACGACUGGUAGAAUUUGCCAAGAAACACAAUAGCGAGCUUCAGGCUUCACCUGAGUUCCGCUCAAAAUUCAUGCAUAUGUGCUCAUCUAUUGGUAUUGAUCCAUUGUCUUUGUUUGAUCGUGAUAAACAUUUAUUUACAGUUAACGAUUUUUAUUAUGAAAUAUGCCUCAAGGUUAUAGAAGUUUGUCGAGAAACUAAAGAUAUGAAUGGAGGUGUUAUUUCUUUUGAAGAAUUGGAGAAAGUACAUUUUGGGAAGCUGGAUAUUGGAAUUGAUGACUUGGAAAAAUCUAUCGACAUGUUAAAGAGUUUAGAGUGUUUUGAGAUAUUCCAAAUCCGUGGCAAGAAGUUUUUGCGAAGUGUUCCAAAUGAACUGACAUCUGAUCAAACUAAAAUUUUAGAAAUAUGCUCAAUUUUAGGUUAUUCAAGUGUCUCUUUGUUAAGGGCAAAUCUGGAAUGGGAAUCCGUAAGGAGUAAAUCGGCUCUUGAUGAAAUGGUUGUUAACGGUUUACUGUGGAUAGAUUACCAAGGUGGUACAGAGACAUUGUACUGGGAUCCCUCUUGGAUCACGAGGGAACUCUGA